GCUGCCCUGGCUGCUUGGACCUUGUCCUGCAGACAGUUUUGGGCUGUAAACAAGCUGUCUGAGGAGGUCCAAGCCUCUGGAAACAUCUUGAAGCCCACGCAGGCUGCAGGGCAUUUCCCUCCGCACAGAGAGCCGGAGCCAUGCGUGUGGCCAUCAUCGGGGCGGGGGUGAUCGGCCUCUCCACCGCCCUCUGCAUCCACCAGCAGUACCAGGGGCUGACACCCAGCCUGGAGCUGGAGGUCUACGCCGAUCGCUACACCCCCCAGACCACCAGCGACGGGGCGGCCGGCUUGUGGCAGCCCUACCUGAGCGACCACGGCAACCUGGAGGAGACGAUCUGGAAUAAAGAGACCUUCGAUUACCUGCUCAGGCACCUGGGCUCAGCGGCAGCCAGGGAAAUGGGACUUUUCCUCAUUUCUGGCUACAAUUUGUUCACGCAGCCGGUGCCGGACCCAUCUUGGAAGAACAUUGUCUUGGGAUUCAGGAACUUGACAUCAAAAGAGCUUGAACUCUUCCCUGGUUACAGCUAUGGUUGGUUCAACACGGCGCUGAUGCUGGAGGGCAGGAGAUACCUGCCCUGGCUCACCAAGAGGUUAAGGCAGGGAGGAGUGAAGUUUUUCCAUCAGAAGGUUGGAUCUUUCCAGGAGGUCUUUGCCCAGGGUGUGGAUGUUGUGAUCAACUGCACUGGGAUGCGGGCAGGGGAGCUACAGCCAGACCCUCAGCUACAGCCCGGCCGGGGACAGGUGAUAAAGGUCCUGGCCCCGUGGGUGAAGCAUUUCAUCAUCACUCAUGACACUAAAUCUGGUAUCUACAACUCCCCAUACAUCAUCCCAGGGAGUGAGUUUACUGUCCUGGGAGGGAUCAAUCAGCUUGGAAACUGGAAUGAAGAGAACAGCACCCAGGAUCACAAAACCAUCUGGGAGAGCUGCUGCAGGCUCCUCCCUGAGCUUCAGACAGCCAAGGUGGCAGAGGAGUGGAGUGGCCUGAGACCAACACGUCCCCGUGUCCGCCUGGAAAGGGAGACCCUGAGCCAUGGGCACGGCCAGGCAGAGGUGAUACACAACUACGGCCACGGGGGGUUCGGGAUCACCAUCCACUGGGGCUGUGCCCUGGCAGCUGCGCGGCUCUUCGGGAGCAUCCUCCGGGAGCAGCAGCAGCUCCAGCCCCGCCUCUGAGAUCCCCCGGGAUGAGGGGAGCAGCAGCACCUGGAGAAAUCCCAGCAGGAAGAUGUGAAUAACCCAGAGAUACACGUUCAACCCUCCAU